AUGGCUACCAACGGCUCCUUUUCAGUGUUCAGCUCGGCAGCAGCAACCGCCCCAACCUCGGAACGAUUUCCGCAACACGUUUUGGCUUCCUCCAUCUCCUCGCUCUCCUCACCGAACUCUGCCAAACAAUCUUCUCAUAUAUCCAAGACAUACCGCCAAUCAUCGACGCUAUUCCUCACGCGUCGUCUACCUGAAGCGCUGACGACUCUGCUCCCGCUCAUUUCACCUCCGGGACCGGAAGAGGAUGGAGAACCUGUACCAGUUGCGCGGGCCUCUCGGACCACGCGAAUCAAGGUUUGGAGCUUAUAUCUCACUAUCCUCAACGCGAUAGUUGAGCUUGAGCCUGAUGAGGGCAAGGACUCCUUCGGCCAGACAGAGUGGAGAGCUCUAUGCUCCAAGAUCCGGGACGGAGAGAUCUGGGAGGAGGUGGUGAGGAAUGGAUACCACGGCGUGGAAGGCGAUGUCGAUGCCGAUGUUGUCAUUAAUUUGGCUACAAUAUUGCUCACGCACGGCCGGGACCAAACUCUCAACCAGAAGAGACUCGAGGCAUACCUAGCAACAUCUGCAGCGCCGAACCUGGAUCUCAAUGGCCGGUUUGGCGAGCCUCCCUCUCCAUCAUCUCGGUACCGAUCUCCUGCCAAGGGGCCCAGCGGCGCCAACACACCAAGAGAUCUAAAUGCUCGAGUAAAGCUCUUGGAGCUCUAUACACUUCAUAUCCUUCCUCGCAACAAUGACUGGGAAUAUGCUCGAGAAUUUAUCGCCAUGAGCCCAGUCCUCGAUGAAGAGCGAAGAGAAGCGUUUCUUCAAGCUCUACAAAGUCUCCAAGAUGACCAGCACGAGCAAGAGAGGCUGGAGCAAGAAGAACACGAGAGGCAAGAAGCCCAGCUAAAACAGGAGCUCGAAGAAGCAAAGAGGCUAAGAGCAGAAAAUGAGGAGCGAGAAAGAAAACGACUAGAGGAGGAGCGCUCGAACAGAGAGGCUGAAGAAGAAGCAAGCGAACUCGACUUUGGCGUUGAAGAUACACCAAGCAUUUCGGGGUCAGUAAAGGGAAGACAGACAAGGAAGGUUCCGGAUACUGUCCGUUCCCCGCGCUUGCCACCGGCAAAUCCAAAGACGAAUCGAAAGGCGGUCGCUCCUCCUACUAUCACGGCGAGGGCAUCCAUGGUUUUGUCUCGAUUUCGUGCUAUCAUGGAGCAACUCACCCUCUCACUUAAUAGUAACCCCAUGCUCUUAAUGAGGCUUUUGGUGUUCAUGAUGGGAUUCAUUAUUAUACUGGGGAACAAGAAUACCAGGCUUCGCGUUCAACGUGCUCUGGGCACUUUCUGGGGAAAGCUAAAGGCCACUGCAGGGAUGGGGACGAGGGUGAGUUAUAUCUGA